AGUUAUAGGUCGAGGUGCCACUUUGAAACUCAGCUCCAUUGAUAAUGAUGCCAUUUGUAAUUCAGCAGGCGACCCUUUAACACAGGGAGGCAGCUGCGGGUCGCCACAUAAUGUUCUCUGUGGCAGGCAGGCGGACCGUGAGGCUGGUGCAGCUCAUCUCUUCCUCACAGUCCACUGUGCAGAAGUGUAGUGCGUGCACGGGUCUGGAAAGUUCUCUCUCCAUCAUAUUAAUGGGAUAAUAAUGUGAUUGAUUGGCCAUCUCCCCGAGGAAAUGCUCUUUUCUGCUUCCUGAGAGUGCCAGGCUCAUCACAGAACUUGCAGCUAACUUGGAAAGGAUUUCUGCUCAAGAGCCUGUCAGCAGGGUGAGGACGCGGCCGCGUCAGGAAGGCAAUCAUAGCAUAGUGCUGCUGUGCAGCUGUCAGCUCCCUCGGUGGGGACUAGAGAGGCGGCGGAGGAGGGGGGGGGAAUCUGGCGUUUCAGGACGACUGAGUCCCGUUGCGAUGCAUGGAGGCUGCUCGGAAAUGCAUCCGGAGCGCAUGAGACGGUUCCAGCCGACCGACGGCCCGCAGCACCGGGACGAGCCGGCCGCUGAUCCGCAGCUCCUCCAAGCUGCCACCCCGUAGGUCCGCCUACAGGAGCACGGCUCGGUUCGGUAUCCACGGAGCGGAGGCAUAAUCGCUGAGAGCACCGUGAUCUGGGAGCUUAAAGGCAGCAUCACAUCCCUGCGUCGCAGUGGUAGCGGAUACCGUGUACGCUUGACGGGUGGCAUCUAUGCAAUUGUAUUUCGACUUUUCAUUUUAUUAUGAGCACAGAGGAGGGAGAGGCAGGGCCAGCUUGUGGAGAAGCCAGGGGAGGCACUACCAUCACCCUCCACCACACCUGGGAGGAAGGCGAACCGCACGAAUCCCAAGGACGUCCGCACCCCGACGAUGAGGACGAGACGGAGCAGGGAGAGGAGGACGAGGAAGGAGAUGGAUGCCAGGCGGGCCGAGGCUGCAGGGACACAUGUGGGGGGAGCGCAGAGGACCAGGACAACAACGGGGGGAAUUUCUCCGGUGAGGAUGGGGCGGUCGGGGGCACAUCGUGCAAGACCCAGGCGAUGCAUUCAAACUGCAGCAGCGAGACCUGCAUCCCCACUCCCAGCUGCCGGAUCUGCUUCCAAGGCGCAGAGCAGGGUGACUUGCUGAACCCGUGUCGGUGUGACGGCUCGGUGCGUUACACCCACCAGCACUGCCUGCUGAAGUGGAUCAGUGAGCGAGGCUGCUGGACCUGCGAGCUCUGCUGCUAUCGCUUCCAAGUGAUCGCCAUCAACAUGAAGAGACCCUGGCAGUGGCAGUCCAUCACCAUCACCCUGGUGGAGAAGGUGCAGAUCAUCGCCGUGUUCCUGGGCUCUCUCUUUCUGGUGGCCAGCAUCUCUUGGCUGCUGUGGUCGGCUCUGAGCCCGCAGGCCAUCUGGCAGCGCCGUGACGUCCUCUUCCAGAUCUGCUACGGCAUGUACGGCUUCAUGGACCUGGUCUGCGUAGGAUUGAUUGUCCAUGAAGGGGCAGCAGUGUACAAUGUCUUCAUGCGCUGGCGGGCGAUGAACCUCCACUGGGACGUGCAGAGCUACGACAAGGCAAAGGAUAUGGAGGAGACGAGCACCGGUCACUCCUCACUAGCUCCUAGGACGCUCUGGUUACCUCUGGUCACCUUCGGGCCCAAUGGACCGUUACACUCCACCCAGCUGGGGCCACAGCCGUGGACCUGUCUCUGUCUGGCCCCCUUCUGCCCCGGUCUGGUGCCCCGGAACAACCUGAGCCAGGACAGUGACUCAGGAGAGGUCGUUAUUCGUGUAACAUCGGUGUAGCACCAGGAACUCUGAUGGUUUACACUUGGUGGUAAAAACGUUUAUAGAGUUGCACAACCUGUUGUUUCUUUAUUUUCAGCAGGGUUUCCUUUUCCUGAAUGUGACGCUUUUACCUGAACAGAGUUGUUUAUGUGCUCUGGGGCCGGUCCUCAAAGCAGUUAAACAACUGAGCUGAUGUUGUUGCUGUUCUGUUUUACUUUCAGAAGUGACACUUGUGUUUGCUGCACAGACACUGAGCACCUCCCUAGGAACAGAAAAGGUCAUAUUUACAACUUGCCAGUAUUCACAUGAUCACACAUCUCAUGAAAGUUUGGGGUUGCACGGUGGGCUGUGUGCAACAAGAAGUUGGUCAUUUCAGUAGUUACAACGUUUCGUCAGUUAACAUUUGCUUUGUAAGCAAAGAAAAGCUACAGGUACACUGCAGUACUUCAGACACCAGUACUUUUGUCAGCUCAGCUUUGUUUCACUUCUGCUCAUUGACCUUUAACCUGGAUCUGUUUUUAAUACUGUGUAGAGAACUUUGCCUCUGUAUCACUGUGUUUCUUCGGGAUACAUCUUUACUUGUUGUACAAGAGAAAUCUUACCAGGUAUUUCCCAGCAAGCAGCUGACAGACGAUGCAGGAUUCGGAGAUCGAUACAUAUUGAUUGAGCACAAAACCCCUGUUGGUCACACAGAUAUAAACAUUUGGCGCACAGUGAUGCUAGUAUGUGAACUUUGUAUCUUCUAGUUGUUGGUGUGUGUUUGUGCCGGGUGGCCACGAAGGAUCGAUCCUCAGAUCGUUUGUGCUGGUAUUAACUGUGGUUUUGAUGUGUAUGUACUCUGUUCUGUUGAGCUUCCAGGGGCCCUCUGGAGUUUGGGGUGUGAUGGAUUUGGGGUUCUGUUCUCGACCAGAGUCACUGGGUUGUUUUUCUUUUUGGUGCCUUAAGAGGCUGGGUAACGACGUUGCAUUGUGCAGCACACAACCAACAUGAUGUGACUUUUGCUGUUGGCUGUAUUUCUAUUUCCUUUGAAUGUAAUAUGUCAUGUAUAAAGAAUAUGUAUAUGCACAGAGAGAGGUGUGGGUUAUUUGCCUGAUCUCAAAGUGACUUUAAAGCAUUGCUGCCAGACACCGAACUCGAUGGUGGCCUGAACGGUGGCGCGCAGCAUCUCCCUGGGGAAAGUGCAAGGACAUCAAAAUGUUGGUGAGUCCAGCUUUCUGCACUGGCUUUUUGCUACUGUUUCAAAUAACAUUUUGACUUGCACUCCUUUGAUUUAUCACUUGUGGUUGGACGAGGGUUUAACUGUCAUUUACAAGAGGAUGUGUCUAAGGUCAGCAUGAUUUAAAUGGCGCCAACAGGACGCCACCUCUCCAACAGCAGAACCAGCUGAGUCUGAUUGACCCACCUUUGUGUGUGACUUUAGAUGUGAUCAUAUGACUCGUUGUACUAACUAGUGCAUGUGAAACAUAUAAAGGACUUUACCUGGUGUGGAUGGGAUUACUUCAGCCUUGUGAUGAGACAAGAAUAUUCUAAACCCUUGUCCAGAAUUCAGUUUUCAUGCAUAGAAUCUUAAAGCACAGCCAAGAGAUGUUGUUUGCUGUUAAUGUUACUAAGUGAAUGUGUUUUAAAGUUUCAGGACUCCCAUUUCCACAGUAGAUCAGAGUCAGAGAGGCUCUUCACUUCCUGGAGCUCGCCUAGCGUCUGCGCAGAUUGGCAAGGCCGGUGUAAACGUCGCUAAGUCCCCGCAUCGACUGCAGCUUGUUGUCGCCGACCUCCGUCACCGUUGCUGCGCGCUCCCCUCCACUCACCAGGCGACGCGCAGUUCAUCUCAGACAAUUGGAACCAGCUUUGAAUGACGUGCGUUAUGAGAUUCUGCUGGAAGCAGACGGUCACCAAUUUCCAUCAGGGGGUACACGUGGUCAGCAGCAGCACUCAGGAAGAUCCUGUGCCUUGACGAUGGACAACUAUCAGAGACGGGUGUUUGGUUUACUGUGACCUGAUGUCGGAGGACUUCACAAACAACUCUGCUCAGUGUCCUCUUGUCUGCCGCCCUGACAGCAAACGCUCCCAGCAAAUCACAAAGAUGUGACUGCCAAAAAGGAUGUCCACCGGAGAGCAGCAGAAUCAAUGGAUGGAACCAGGAACAGCUGACGUCACCGGGAGCAGCUGACGUCACCAGCUUUGCAGCAACCUGGAGAAGCACCAGACAGCCGGAUGGUUGGGAUGAGGACCAGGGGACGUUACCAGUGCCAAGGACGGGUGUCCACGCUUCACCCUCCAGCUGCACUCGGGCAUGUGGCCAUAAGGUCAGAGUUCACCAGGCGCUGCACUGGC